CGGAGCAGCUAGGGAUGGAGGCCUUUGCUUUGAGAGUUAUCCCUGAAACUCAGCCAGGUGACCUACCUGUAGGCCACGAUGUGCCGUGGUAGCCCACGUCCUGGGCAUGGCUGUGUCUGCUGUCCUGAGCUGCUGAGCAGCUGUUCUGCCUGGAGCAGUGUUUCAUGGUGACUGCAGCUGGAGAGCCGGCCUGGCUUUGAUGGAGUGACCAACACUGCGCCCUCCUGAGGACUCUUCCCGCUCCACGGAGCUGUUCCCUUUAAAAGCCCGACUUCCCUCCACGGGGAAAUUCCUGAAACCCGACAGUUGACAAACCCACACGCCCUCCGAGGGCUGGGUGCCAGAUGAAAAGCCCUUCACGGAAGCCCAGCUCUCCCCGGACGUGCGGGACGCAGCAGGGCUAGGCCCCAUUUCUGCUUCCUGGACCCCCAAAGGCGUGAGGACCUGCCACCAGCCGAGGAGCCCGCAGCAGCGCAGCGCAAGGACCUGCUUCUCCUCAGACCCAGCAGCGCACGAGGACCCGUCCUGCAGCAGGGUCCCGCAGUCCCUGGCUGCCGUGCUCGCCCGCGCCAAGUCCCAGACAGCAGAGAGGGGAGCCUGCACCCCAGGAGAGCUGGUUUUCUGAGUGUUUCUGGUUUGUUCUCAGCUCCCAUCUCUUUCCUCUGGGAAAUGCGCUCUGCCAAUGACUAAUCCCAGCCCUGCCGACACUGUUAUUGGCUGCCACCUGCACGCCGGGUCCCUAGCCCCUCGGGAGGCACGGAGAUAAACCUGCAAAGCAGGAGAUAAGCCUGAAGCUGCAGCCCUGACCUGCAGCUGCCGGUCCUCCUCCCAGGCUGCUGCAUGUGGCCGUCGCAGUGACCCCCGGGGCCCAGGGCUGCCUCGGAGGGCGAGUUGGGUCUGAGGAGCAGCAGCCCCUGGCCAGCGGUGCCCUGAAUGGAGCUUGGGAUCUGGACCCCUCAUGUCUGCCCUACUGACCCUGUGUGUGGUGCUCAUGCCCCUGGUGACCCCCGGUCGCGGUGCCCAGCGCUGGGAGCCCUGCACAGACCUGCGCCCCCUGGACAUCCUGGCAGAGGUGAUCCCUUCAGAUGGCGCCGCAGGCAGGAUCAAGAUGACGCAGGCACAGGGCGUGCGGGGCCUCCAGCUCUCGGCCACCGCACCGCAAACAGUGAGCUUCCCGGCCUCCAAGAUUUUCUCCAGAUGUGACCUCUUCCCUGAGGAGUUUUCCAUCGUUGUGACCCUGAAGGUUCCCAGCCUUCCGCCCAAGAAGAACGAGUACCUGCUGGCGGUGGUGGCCGAGGACAGGGAUGCGCUGCUGCUGGGCCUGCGCUACUCUCCCACUCGGCUGCACUUCCUGUUCCUCCGCGAGGACACAGCCGGGGCCUGGCAGACCCGUGUGUCCUUCCGCAGCCCCGGCCUCAUGGACAGCCAGUGGCACACGCUGGUGCUGGCUGUGUCCGAAGGCUCCUUCUCCCUCACCGUGGACUGCGGCCUCCCGGUGGACAUAAUGGCUGAUGUGCCCUUCCCGGCCACCCUGUCCAUGCGGGGAGCACGGUUCUUCAUUGGCAGCCGGAGGCGAGCCAAGGGCUUGUUCACGGGCCUGGUACGGCAGCUGACCCUGCUGCCAGGCUCCGACGCCACCCCGAGGCUGUGCCCCAGCAGGAACGCCCAGCUGGCCGAGCUGGCCAUCCCCCAGGCACUUGCAGGGAGGCCGGAUGAUAACGAGGUGCUGAGGUAUCCCUACGAAGCUGGCGUGAGGGUGACCCUGGGGUCCCGGCCGCCGUGUACCAAGGCAGAAGAUGCCCAGUUCUGGUUUGACGCCACCCGGAGGGGGCUGUACCUGUGCAUGGGCAGCGAGUGGGUCUUGGUGUUGGCAGCCAAGGUCAGGCUGGACUACGUGGAGGGGUACCAGAACCUGUUCACCCACUCGGAGACGCUGGGCCUCGAGGUGUUCGGCAUCCCCCAGGCGGGGCUCUUUGUGGCGACGGCCAACCGCAAGGCCACAUCCGCCAUCUACAAGUGGACAGACGGCAAGUUCGUCCCCUAUCAGAACAUCGCCACGCACCAGGCACAGUCCUGGCGACACUUCACCAUCGGGAAAAAGGUCUUCCUGGCUGUGGCUAACUUUGGACCAAAUGAAAAGGGCCAGGAGUUCUCAGUCAUUUACAAAUGGAGCCACAGAAAGCUGAAGUUCACUCCGUACCAGAGGAUUGCCACCCACAGCGCCCGGGACUGGGAGGCCUUCACAGUGGAUGGGGAACACUUCCUGGCGGUGGCCAACCACCGGGAAGGUGACAACCACAACAUCGACAGCGUCAUCUACAAGUGGAACCCCAGCUCCCGGCUCUUUGAGCCCAACCAGACCAUCGCCACGUCGGGCGCCUACGACUGGGAGUUCUUCACGGUCGGUCCCUACUCCUUCCUGGUGGUGGCCAACACCUUCAACGGCACCUCCACCAGGGUGCACUCACACCUGUACAUCUGGCUCGUCGGCUCCUUCCGGCUGUUCCAGUCCUUCCUGACGUUUGGUGCUGCUGACUGGGAAGUCUUCCGCAUCGGCGACAGGAUCUUCCUGGCUGUCGCCAACAGCCACAGCUAUGACGUGGGGAUGCAACUGCAAAACGACUCCUACGUCAUCAAUUCGGCCAUCUACGAGCUCAACGUCACUGCACAGACCUUUGUCAAGUUUCAGGACAUCCCCACGUGCAGCGCCCUGGACUGGGAGUUCUUCUCUGUGGGGGAGGACUAUUUCCUGGUGGUUGCCAACUCCUUCGACGGAAACACCUUCUCCGUAAACAGUAUUAUUUACAGGUGGCAGGGCUACGAGGGUUUCGUGGCCACUCACCACCUCCCCACCUUCGGCUGCAGGGACUGGGAGGCCUUCAGCACCGCGGCCGGCUCCUACCUCAUCUACUCCAGCGCCAAGGAGCCCCUCUCCAGGGUGCUGCGGCUGCGCAUGGGCUGAGGCCCUGGGGAGGGGGUGCUGGGUGGCAAGUGGUGUCCAGCCGCCAUCACAGGCCUGGCCAGGAGAGGUCACCUGCCCACUGCCGGUGCUGCACAGAGGCUGCCUGGGACCUCCUGUCUGUGUCUCCUGUCUGCACGGAAAUAUAUUUAUAUUGCUCUCUACGCACCACCCAUCGUGUUUCCCUCGGGAACUCACUCUCAACUGUGGGGUGCAGGGUCCCCAGUCAUCAAAGCAGACAGGAACCUGCUCCACCCCGGCAGGCAGCGGCCCUCGGGGUCUCAGUUUCCCCAGAUGCACGGUGGGGUCGGGAAUCCCAGGGCCCCCUUGGUCCCCAACAGCCACUGUCCAGAGCACGGCAGGCCCGCGGGCCCUCGUCCUCUCCUCCUCACUCCGGGAAGACGUUCGCCUGCAUAUGUGGCAUGGAUCCAUUUAGAGGUUGGGCGGAAGACGUCCACAAGAUCCAGCCAACCCGGGCAGCGUAGUAAGUCUCUAUCUCGAGGUGGGAGAGGGUUGGGGAUGUCGCUCAGUGCAAGGACCUGUGUUCAAUCCCCAGUACCAGGAAGAAAAGGAAGAAAGAUGCAUGCCCUCUGGGCAAACUCCUCAGCAGUCUAUCCAAACACUAGACGUUAAAAACCAGCAAUACAGGGCCACGGACUUAGCUCAGUGGUUCCUCCACCUGCCUUGCAAGCACAAGGUCCUGAGUUCAAUCCCCUGUACCAAACACCACCACCAACAACAAAAGCCAGGAAUAUAGAUGUGAUCAUGGUCACAAAAACAUGAGAAGAGAGGGCUGCACCUCAGCGCUGGACACCGCAGAUGUCUACGUGAAGAGACAGUCUCCAGGAAAUAUUAGCUAUCAAAAUCAAACCAUGGGGGCCAGGGAUUUAGCUCAGUGGUGCCGCCACCUGCCUCACAAGAGCAAGGUCUUCAAGUUUGAUCCCCAGUACAAAAAAAAUAAAAGCCUAUGAAGAAAGAAGCUAGAUUAUUCCCCUUUCUUAAUGCAAUAUAAUACUUUUUGCAUCAAAACAGCUUAAACACUUCUUUAAUAUAGAAUGAUGCAUCAGAAGUUUAACUCAGUAAUCUCGAAUUUAAUGAAAGCCCAGGAAGAUAGUAAUAUUCAAUCUUUUUCUGUAUACAUAAAUAACUUAUGAAAAGCCAGGCACAGUGGCACAUACCUGUAGUCCCAGCCCCUACAAAGCUGAGGCGGGCGGAUCACCAAAAAUUCAGGGCCAGCCUGGGCUCCAGAGUGAGAUCAAGGCCAGCCCAAACUACACAGC